CCGGGUCAACGCCGCUUCGAACUGCAGAAACACAACAGUAACCUCUCUUUCGUGUUAACGCUGAAUAUCAGCUGAUGUGUUUCAGGUUUGAAUGAUUUUAAACACCAGAGAGACAGAGGACACGAACUGAAGACCAGACCAUGUCCGGUUUACCUCCCGGAGACCCUCAGCUGGUCUCUAUGAUCGUGAAUCAUUUAAAAACUCAGGGACUCUUCGACCAGUUCCGGAGGGAGUGCCUGGCUGACGUCGAUACAAAGCCUGCUUACCUGAACCUGAAACAGAGAGUGGAUAACUUUGUCUCCAAUCACCUCUCUAACCACACAUGGAGCCCUCAUUUGAACAAGAACCAGCUGAGAAACAACAUCCGCCAGCUGGUGCUCCAGUCUGGGAUGCUGGAGCAGGGCGUGGACAGGAUCGUGGCCCAGGUGGUGGAUCCUAAAAUCAACCAUAUCUUCAGGCCGCAGGUGGAGAGGGUGGUCCGGGAGUUUCUGUCACCUGGCAGCUGCUCUGAGGAGCCGCCUCCCCCGCUGCCUUUGCCAGAGACCAAACCAGACAGCAGCCUUCUGGAGCCAGCCACGUCGUCUGCUCCGCCCCCCAGCGACGCCAUGUCCAUCCUGGAAACCAUCUCCUCCCUGAACCAGGAGGCCAGCGUCAGGGCCAGCUCAGACAAAGGACGCAGAGCUCCAGACGAGCAGCUGCUGGAGGAGGGAGAGCAGGACAUGGAAAUGGUUGAGGAAGGAGACAGAAAGACGCCGGAACAGUCAGGGGAGUCUGAGGUCCAAGUGUUUGAGGUGAAGACAGAGGACGCUCAGGAACAUGUGGAUCUGGAUAAAGAAGGGUUAAUAGUGGAGGUGAAAGUAGAAGAAGAGGAGUCGGGAGUGAAGGAGCUGACAGACGAGGAGAAAGAUAAAACUGCAAGCAGAGCGAGUGGCAAACCAGCCGAGGACAAGCAGGAUGAAGAUCCGCUUAAAUCUACGAGUCAGGCCAAGCAGAAAGCCAGAGAAAGGAUAAAAGAAGAAUACUUUCUGGAGGAUUCCGACCUCGACGGUCUGAGUGACAUCACAGUGAGCUCGGUCCACACCAGCGACCUGUCGUCCUUCGAGGAGGAGAGCGAGGAUGAGGAGCUGCAGUCGGAUUCCUCAGAGGAGGGCGAGCUUCCAUCAGACGAUCAAGGUGAAGAGAACAAACACAGGGACGCAGGAGACGAGCGCAAACCUCGCCGCAAAGCCUACGUCCACAAGCCGUUCCUGUACUCCCGUUACUAUAGCGACUCGGAUGAUGAGAUCACCGUGGAGGAGCGGCGCAGAUCUGCGGCGAAGGACAAAGAGGAACGUCUGCUCAAAAGACAACAGAACCGAGAGCGCAUGGAAGAUAAGAGGAAGCAGAAAGCUCUGCAGGCUGAGGAACAAGAUCACAAGAAACAAAAGAGCGGGGACUGUGGGGGGCUCGAGGGUCCCCGAGCCAAAGAGGCUCGCAAAGAGAGGAAGGUGCUGGAGAAGAAGAUGGCGCUCAGCAGGAAGAGGAAGCUGGACUCAAGGAAAGAGGGCGAUGUGUCCAAUAAGAAGAGAGGAGACUGUGAAGGAUCAAAGAGAGGGGGGGAAUUGAAAUCUGCAGCAGCAAAGACGACGCAACCAAAACUAUCCAGAAAUCUGUCCGAGUCGGCGUCAUCUGACGAGAGGCGCAGACGAAUGAGCGGCAGCGUCUCCGAAGACUCCAGCGACGCCAAGAAGCUGUCGGAGAAAGGUCGCACGCACUCGUUCAUCCUGGAGUUGGAGCAGGGCGCCCAGGAGGCGCUCCGACAGCGCUCUGUGGGCAAGUUUGAUCGACUCUACCGCAAAGAGAGAGAGCGCAGCUCGACCGACGAGCGCGCCAAACUCAAGAAGAAACCCGAGGUGGACGACGCUCCGCAGGGGGGCGGGGCUUCUGUCAAAGUGUCCUCUGACGAGAAGGGGGACAAAAAGGCCAAGGUUAAAAUGGAGAAGAAGGCGGCGUCGACUCCGAGAGAAGGAAAGUCGUCUGAGGCAGAUGAGAGUCCAAAAGACGCUCCUGUGAAGAAGCUGAAAGCUGCGUCUGUGGAGGCCGGCAGAGCAGAGAAAGAGAAACUCAGAGAGAGAGAGAAGAAAGAGAAGAAAGAGAACAGCUCAGCUAGAGGAGACCUGAAGCUCCGCCCAGACUCCACUGGCUCCUCUGAGGAGCGCUCGGACCUGGAGCUGGGAUCCGACAGCAGCAAGAAGAAAGACAAACACUCCAAAGAAGUUGUGAAGAGGUCCAAGAGCCAGAGCGAGGAGCGAGCCGGGGAAAAAGCCAAACCUAAAGAUCAAGACAUCGUGAAGUCAAACAAGCUCAAGACGACAGAGAGAGGGAAAAACUUUGAGAAAUCUAAAUCCAAAUCCAAAGAGGAAGCUAAGACGGUGUCAUCAUCAAAGGGGGACAAUAAAGCUUCAGAAGUAAGAAGUGUGGGGGGGGCGGCGGUGAGCAAACCAGAGAAGAAGAAAGAACAGAAAGUCCCUGAGGAACUCCUCCAGGAGAAAGUCACUGAGGAACCCUUCCAGAAGAAAGUCCCUGAGGAACCCCUCCAGGAGAAAGUCACUGAGGAACCCUUCCAGAAGAAAGUCCCUGAGGAACCCCUCCAGGAGAAAGUCCCUGAGGAACCCCUCCAGAAGAAAGUCCCUGAGGAACUCCUCCAGGAGAAAGUCCCUGAGGAACCCCUCCAGAAGAAAGUCCCUGAGGAACUCCUCCAGGAGAAAGUCCCUGAGGAACCCCUCCAGAAGAAAGUCCCUGAGGAACCCCUCCAGGAGAAAGUCCCUGAGGAACCCCUCCAGGAGAAAGUCCCUGAGGAACCCCUCCAGGAGAAAGUCCCUGAGGAACCCCUCCAGAAGAAAGUCCCUGAGGAACCCCUCCAGGAGAAAGUCCCUGAGGAACCCCUCCAGGAGAAAGUCCCUGAGGAACCCCUCCAGAAGAAAGUCCCUGAGGAACCCCUCCAGAAGAAAGUCCCUGAGGAACCCCUCCAGGAGAAACCAGAAGUGAAGAGCACAAAGAAGAGAGAGAAGAAAGAAAGAUGUGAGAGGCCCUCAAAGUCUGUUUCCUGUCAGAGCCUCGAUGCAGAGGAGGCGCUGAAGACAGACUCCGCCCCCGUCACCACCUCCUUCUCUGACGACACCUGCGAUGCGUUAAGCGACAUCACCCCAGAGCCACCAGAGAGCGACACUGAGUCCCGACUCAGCGAGAUGCCGGCGGAGGCUGACGCCCUGCUCGCUCUCAUGGACGUUUGCACCUCAGCAGAGGCGAGACUUCCACAUGAGCGAGGCGAAGAGGAGGCGCCGCCCGAGCUGGAGGACGCCGACAUGAAGAUGAAAGAAGCAGCUCUGACGCUGCUCUCCAUGGAUCCUGACAGCACAGUGACCUCCACCUUGGGCCGGGAUGGAAGAGAAGAAGAAGAGGCUCCUCCUCCUCCUCAGGUGGAAGCAGCUGAUUCUUUAAAGGAGACGUCAUCAGUCACAUGUCAGGAAACAGAGCUGCAACAAGAAGCUGCAGAUUUAUCUGAAACGACAGAGAAAGAAAUGGACGUUGGCGAGUUCGAUUCCCAGUCUGUCGCUCUGCAGGAAGUUGACACCACCUCAGAUGAAGCUCAGACCCAAUCAAAGGAGGAUGAGACUCCUCCUGAAUCACAACCAGACGAAGCUGCGUCAGACGAGGUGGGAGGGGCCACAGCGUUAGUUGUGUCUGAUUCCAGUAAACAAGAGAAAAGUGCACCGGACCUGACGGACACAAAGACGAGACCCGAGACGGAGGAAGUUAACGCUGAAGACGACGCGGCGGACACAGAACAAAGUGAAGCUGAGACGAAGACGGAGGAGGAAGAAACCGCUCUGAGUGAAAAUCAAACUAUGGAGUCGCUGAUCCUAGAGGAGGAGAAGCUGAGAGAGAGAGGAGCGGAGGAGGAGAAGCUGAGAGAGAGAGGAGCGGAGGAGGAGAAGCUGAGAGAGAGAGGAGCGGAGGAGGAGAAGCUGAGAGAGAGAGGAGCGGAGGAGGAGAAGCUGAGAGAGAGAGGAGCGGAGGCUUCACAGAGUCAGACGAAGCUGCUCAAACAAAUCAGUGGCGAGAAAGACGAGAGGGGAAGUAAAGAGACGGCGCCUGCAGAGGAACCUGAUGAGGGGAACGCUGUGGAAGUGAGAACGCCACGCAGGGGGCGAUCAUCCAAAACCACAGAGGAGGUGGAGAAGGAGGAGCCUCGGAGCCGUGGGGGAAGACGUUCAGGAGCGGCGGCGGCGAGUAAGAUUCCGGACGAUCAGAAGACGGAGAAUAAAGACGAGGAUGAAGAUGGUUCACCCAAUCGAGCGGCGCCGACCGAAGCGCGAGCGGAGGACGAGAGCGGAUCAGAGACGAGCGGGCGCCGUCAGGUGAACGUGUCGUCUGCUGCUCCUGAAGGAAGUGAAGCUGCGGACGCCACAGAGACCGGCGGACCGACGCUGAAGAGGAAGCGCUCGGAGGAAGUGGAGGAAGAAGAAGAAGAAGAAGAAGAAGAAGACACACAGCCGGAGCAAAGUGAACAACAACCUCAAGAAGAUAGAGUUUGCUCGCCGUCUGUUGUCCAGGCUGAAGGUCAGAAGGAGGUCGAGGAGACGAGCAGCGAGAAGCCCCCAGACGAGCAGCAGGAGGAGACGACUCCAAAGAGAUCAGGUCGGAGGGGACGACCGGCGAAGGGAGCAUCAGCUGCAGAGGACUCAGAUAAAAAAGACAAAAAGGCCGAAGACAGCGAGCAGAACGAAGACGAGGACGAGGACGACGGCGAGCGGGACGAGGAGGGAAAAGGAAAGGCGACCAGAGCGACCACACGGGCGGCGUCUCGUCUGGAGGCUGAAAGAAACAAGCCGAGCAAACCGUCGACCCGGGCGAGUCGUCUGACGGGUAAAGACGAGACCGCAGCGGGCACGCGCGGGACGAGGGGCCAGGCUGCAGCGGUCAAGGGGGGCCGCAAAAGGGAGGCCAGCCCCCCUGCUGUGCGGACGCGGGGGGGGAAAUCAGACGAGCCCCCCCCCAAGAGAGCCAAACGCUAAAACAACGAGAAGACGGCGUCCGACUGCAGACGACAUCAUCAUUCCUCUGAGCCAAUCAGAGGCCUGAAGCUCUGAGAUGACGUCGGGAACGCCUUCCCCUCGGCAGACGCCGCCGUCACACACCCGAGGAGGUCGUGGUGAAUCGUUGUUUUCAUUCUGUGAAUGAAAGGAGUCGUUGCUUUUACUCUUUAAAACGUGUUUUUUGAUGUGAGAGCGGCGGCGAGGUGCGCCGUACCUGCUGCACGCUAACGACUGUUUGUACCUACAGCGAGGUGAUGUCGUCGUUUUUUUACUGUUUUAGAAUAAACUCUUCGAAAUCUUUCUUACAAACAAA